UUUCUGGAUAUCUCAAGUGUUGAUCUAGAGCUCUCUUGUCUCUGUCUCUGUCUCUCUUUGCUAUCGUUUUAUUCCCAGUGCCCAUGGAUAUCCUUCCGAAUAUCCCUCAAGAAUCCUACAACCACGAUGUAAUACCCACGAAGCGUAUCUGUGUCAUUGGGGCAGGACCAGCAGGGUUGGCUGCUGCCAAAGUAAUCGCAGACAGUCCUCAGUACAGAGCUGGUUCAUGGUCGCUCACCGUGUACGAAGAACGGAUAAAUGUAGGCGGUGUCUGGUUACCUGCAGAGCCGAUUGACAAUCCACCCUUGACACCGCUCUAUGAUUCAUUGACGACAAAUCUCCCGCAUCCAGUAAUGGCAUUCACCAGCUAUUCGUUUCCUCCAUCUACUCCUUUAUAUCCACACGCAGCAGCCGUGCAAUCUUACCUAGAAGCUUAUGCUGCACAUUUUGAUUUGAUGUCUCUCAUUCGGCUGAAUACCAUGGUGCUCAAGGCGGACUGGGACAUUGAUGCCUUGCACUGGAAAGUCUCAAUAUCGACAGGCGAUGUAUUACAUUUCGAUCACAUCGUUGUAGCCAACGGUCACUACAGGCUACCGCGCUAUCCCGAUACGCCAGGGCUUUCCAAGUGGCUUUCUCAAGGAAAAGCCUCGCACUCUGCAUGGUAUAGGCGUCCGCAUAAUCUUGGCGACGUCGUCAUGGUUGUCGGAGGCGGCCCAAGUGGACAAGAUAUCUCUGCUGAGAUGCGGUCCACGGCGAAGGUUGUCAUCCAUGCCCUGACUGGGGCUGUACGAGAGGACCAUGAAAAUUUCAAGCAAAGAGGGCGGCCGAUAGAAUUUAAGGAUGGUGGUCAAGUUAUAUUCGAGGAUGGGACGGAGGAAAGUGGUAUCGACCAUUGCAUUCUAGCCACAGGCUAUGAAAUGAGUUUCCCUUUCUUAAGCGACUCGACCAUUCGCCUGGGACACCCUCCACCAUCUCCACCACUGCCUUCAGAGCUCUUCAACUCAUCGUACCACGUAUUUCCACUUGCGAAGCACCUUUUCCCCUUGCAAAUCAACUAUCCACCCUCUGCUCUGGCAUUCAUGGGUCUCCUUAUUAAAGUCUCUCCCUUUCCUCUUCUAGAGGCACAAGCGCAUGCCAUAGUCAAAGUAUUCGAUGAUCCAGCUUCUAUUGACACCACGCGAGAAGCAAUAGACAUUAUCACACGAUAUGAAGAGCUCAAAGCUAAAGUCGGAAACAGUCCUCUGGCCAUGGCUAAGGCAUGGCUUAGAUUUGAAGAACACGAACAAUUCGAAUACAGAGACGAGAUGUACGAAUUUGCCGCGCCCCAACCAGAUCAGGCUUUGGUACGCGUCUCCGAAUGGGAGCGAGAAAUGUAUCACGAGAAAGGAGUGCUGCGGAUGGUGUGGCAAGAACUAGAAAAGACUGGCGAGGCGGAAGAGUGGGUCAAAGGAGUGGGGGAAGGUGGCAUUCAGGAGUGGGUCGAUUUGAUGAAGAGGUUGUUGAAGCGUGCCAAGGAAAAUGCCGUGAAAGACGAUGGAAAGUCAAGGCUGUAACUGUCUAAACAGAAAAUCUUUGGGGCCUUCAGAUGUCCACAACCCAGUUUAGCAUCAGAGAAACCUGGAAUAUUAGUCUCGACACCAAGGCAAUUUCGAACUCAAGUCCAGAAGUAGUUGCUAUUGGUAGAUUUUAUGUUCUUGACGUCAGUCAUAGACCUGAAGGGCUUAAGAUAUGGUGCUUCGAAGAUUAGGCUAUUCUGCAAUACUAUACAUGUGACGGCAUUUUGUAUCCUAACGAGAGAUCUCGGUAUAUAGAUAUCCGCAAGGCUACUCUGUGGUUGUUCUUGGCU